AUGGCUAUACCAAUCGAAACCAAUAAUCCUGAAGCCUCGAAUUUACACAUUAAUAUUAGUAAAAGUACACGAAAUAAUGUUUCUAGGCUUAUUUCAUCAUUUAAGAAUAAUAAAAUCAGAAUUUCUUUACGUGUAUUGUUAGCUAUAGUGAAACCGGAAAUUCAUCAACUAAUUAUAGAUUCAAUGAUGACUCAUAAUAAUACUGAUAACCCAGAAGAUUCGUCUGACGAAGAUGAAUUAACAGGAAAUUAG